AUGGUAUCCAACCUUGCGGCUCGAGGUAUCCAACUUCAGACCCUAAACAAGUAUGCUUCCUUGGAGGCUCAACGGGCGCGAUUUCUCGAACACGGCUUCAAGACCGGCCAAGCUGCCGCUGACAUUGAUUUUAUUUGGGAGCAUUGGAUUGAUGAGGAGGAGAAGGAUCGGGUUGCCAGUCUCGAGAUGCUGGAUGAGAUGGAAGAGUGGCGCUUGCUUGCCCAGCAUUACUGCAUUUCUUGGGGAUGGAGGGACGGGGAUGAUGCAGCAGCGUUCAAUGGGUGGCUGGCGCUGCAAGCUCAGCCGGGCAAGUGA